AUGUGUGACCAGCAGAAGCAGCUGCAGUUCCCUUCAUCAUGUGUGAAAGGUUCAGGACUGGGGGCUGUACAAAGUACCAAAAGUACCUCUGUGAAAUGCCCAGUUCCAUGCCCGACUCAAACCUAUGUGAAAUGUCCAGCUCCAUUCCAGACUCAAACCUACGUGAAGUGCCCAGCUCCAUGCCAGACUCAAACCUACGUGAAAUGUCCACUUCCAUGCCCAACUCAAACCUGCGUGAAAUGCCCAGCUCCGUGCCAGACUCAAACCUACGUGAAAUGUCCAGCUCCAUGCCCAACACAAACCUACGUGAAAUGCCAAGUUCCAUGCCAGACUCAAACUUACGUGAAAUGUGCAACUCCUUGUCAGACGUAUGUGAAGUGCCCAGUUCCGUGCCAGACGACCUGUGUAAAAUGUCCAGCUCCAUGCCAGACCCAGACAUGCUAUGUCCAGUGCCCUUCUCCUUGCCAGACCUACUACGUUCAGGCCCCCACAAGUGGCUCGGUUGCACAGGACUGUGUCCCUAAUCCGUGUUCUGCUCCCUGUUCUACUAGCUACUGCUGCCUGGCUCCCCGGACCUUCGGGGUGAGUCCUCUGAGACGCUGGGUCCAACAGCCCCAAGACUGCAACUCAGGCUCAUCUGGCUGCUAUGAGGAUUCCGGGUGCUGCUGGUUGGGAAUUAUUCCCAUGAGUUCCCGCGGUCCUGCAUGCUGUGAUUCUGAGGAAGACUGCUGCUAA